AUGCCCCGACAACUGCGAUCGGGCCGCAAGGAGCCCCCUGCGUCUGAGACGGAUGGGCUCAGCCUCCAGGAUGAGAUUCAUGAACCGGUCCGUUUCAUCACGUCCGCGGCAACCCCUGCCGAGCCAGCCAUCGUCCGAAGCCUGGCACGUCUCCCAGGGCUGAACGGGCGCGAUCUGCGAAUUUUGCGUAAAAAACAGAAUCGACUGCGAGAAUCGGCUUUUCUGACCGCAAAGGCUACCUUGGACGUGAGCUGCCACGCAACACGAGCACUAGCAUCGACGCUGAUAUUUGCUCAGCACGAAGCUGGCACCGCCGUAUGUAUCGACUCGCGCGGCUGGAUUUUGACAUGUGCGCACUGUUUCGGCGAGACCCCUGAAGAAUGGAAAGCCGAGCGCCUGAAAUGGCUGCUCUAUUAUAAUGGGCUCGCCGUUCAAGUCGAAUGUCGGGCGUGGGAUGAGCGCCGUGAUCUAGCUUUGGCUAAAAUCGUCCGCAUUGAGAUCUUCGACGAACAGUGCAGAGGCUUGGUGAAACCCAUUUUCACUUGUGUCCCUGUCGCUGAAUCACUGUCUACCUACUCUCCAAUAUUCUGCAUCGGGCAACCGGGGGCAGACGACCUGGAGUCGGUCUCUCCGCGCGAGACUGCCUAUGAUUUGGUCGAACUCUCUCGGGGUCGACUAUGCGGCAUGGUAGCCGGUACGGACCCACAGGACAACUCAGAUAUCGGCACUCUGAAACACAACGCCUGGACCUACUGGGGCCAUUCUGGCGCGCCGCUCCUGCGGAGGUCGGAUGGUGCUCUGCUGGGCCUACAUUCCUCGUGGGAUGAUGCCACGGCGAUGCGUCAUGGGGUGCCCCUGAUUGCGAUCUGGGCAUUUCUUAGAGAACAUCUCCCGACUGAGCCGGUCGAUCUCACGGCGCCCGUUUAG